CAGUUGGGGUAAGUGCAGAUUUGGGGUAAGUGCGAAUCCAGAUAUUACGGAGUAUAUAUUAAGUUUAUGAAAGACUGUCAAUAAUGAAAUUGUUGUACAACGUCCAUGUAAUAUAUGUACAUAAUUGGUCACACUGUAUUAUAUUUCGUUAUCGUGUUAUCAAUCUUUACUUUCAGAAUAUAAAUUUCACUUGUAUUUUUCAAAGAAGACGUUCGUUUGCCAUUUUUUUUAAGGCAGUUUUUUUAAAAAUUUGCUGUCUUAAACUAAGGGUAAAAUGGUUAGAUCUUACGUUAGAAAAACCAAAAAGGGUGAUGCAUAUACCAAAGAACAACUGUUACAAGCUUCAAAUAUAUUGUUGUAUUGCUUAUUUACUUAUACAAAUCAAGUUUAAUUGAAAAUAAGUUGCCAAAGAUGAACUUUACAAUGCCACGUCGCAGUUACCCCAACUGACCUUAC